AUGACGGAGUGGACUCUGCUCAAACGUCUCUUGGAUGCUGUCCACCAGCACUCCACCAUGAUCGGCCGCCUGUGGCUCACCGUCAUGGUUAUCUUCAGGCUGCUCAUUGUUGCUGUGGCGACUGAGGAUGUGUACACCGACGAGCAGGAGAUGUUUGUAUGCAACACACUGCAGCCAGGAUGUUCCACCGUCUGUUACGACGCAUUUGCGCCCAUUUCUCAACCUCGCUUCUGGGUUUUCCACAUCAUCAGCGUCUCCACACCAUCCCUCUGCUUCAUUGUCUACACGUGGCACAACUUGUCCAAGAUGCCCCACAGCUCCACUCAGAGGCAGAGGCAAGGACUAGGGGAAAUCCCAUGGCAGGAAGGCCAAAACACAGGGCAAGGUGGUGGCCGGGAGGUGUAUGAUCCGAGCUGUGACUCAGACAGCUGCUCCAUUCACUCCCAUAAGCACUUAGGCCACAGCCUAGCAGAUGUGCUGGAGGGCAUAACAGGUCACAGUGCCCAGAGGGGAGACCCUAACAACACAGUGUCUUUGAGUAACACCCAGGCUUGUGCUUUCAGAGAUGGGGGUGCAGAGGGCCAUGUGGUCUCUGGAGGGGUUCUGUCUAAAUGUUAUGUUUUCCAUGUGUGUUUACGGGCUGUUCUUGAGGUGGGCUUUGUCCUGGCCCAGUGGAAGCUGUUUGGCUUCCAGGUGCCUGUCCAUUUCCUUUGUACCUCCACACCCUGCAGCCAGCCGGUGGACUGCUACGUCUCAAGGCCCACAGAGAAAACCAUCUUCCUGCUUUUCAUGUUUUGUGUGGGUGUGUUCUGCAUCCUGCUCAAUCUGCUGGAGCUCAAUCACCUGGGCUGGAAGAAGAUCCGGCAGGCAGUAAGGCUGAGGGAGACGGCGUCAUGGGAAGGCUGUCCAGGUAUGAGGGGCGGAUAUGAAACCUUCUCCCCAGACAGCCCUUCUCUUACAUCCUCUUCAGGCUUCAGGGACAAGACCAGCAUCACCUCCCUGCCCACUCUGGACCUGGUAGUGGGUCACGAGGCUGACUGGACCUGUACUGUGAACAGUGGCAGCAUGAGGGAAACUGAGGAGGUCACAGAAAUUAGACUGGAGCAACCAAAAAGACAUGGCGUCCAUAAAGCAAAGAGGCAGCCUCUGAAGAGUAAGAGGGACAUCACAGGGACCAAACAGAGGAGUGCUGAGGUCUGGAUCUAA